GACAGUGCAGCCAGUGGGAGCUGAUAGUAGUGGAGCAGGUGCUGAUGGGGAAGCUGAGCUCCACAGUCAUGGCUGGCAGCAUGAAAACAGCUCUUCAGCAUCUGCUCAUCCUGAUCUUGUGCCUGCAGAUCGGGGGAGGACAAAAGAAGAAGGAGAACCUUUUAAGUGAAAAGGUUGAACAGAUGAUGGAAUGGAGUUCCCGGCGAUCUGUUAUCCGCAUGAAUGGCGACAAAUUCAGAAGAUUUGUUAAGGCCCCACCACGUAAUUAUUCUGUUAUUGCCAUGUUCACUGCCCUUCAACCUCAGAGACAAUGUUCUGUAUGUAGACAAGCUAAUGAAGAGUAUCAAGUUCUUGCAAAUUCUUGGCGGUAUUCUUCUGCCUUUUCCAACAAACUGUUCUUCACCAUUGUGGACUAUGAUGAAGGAGCAGAUGUUUUCCAGCAGCUAAAUAUGAAUUCAGCCCCCACAUUUAUGCAUUUUCCAGCCAAAGGCAAGCCCAAGAGAGCAGAUACCUUCGAUCUUCAGCGAAUCGGAUUUGCUGCGGAACAACUAGCAAAAUGGAUUGCUGACAGAACAGAUGUUCAUAUUCGUGUUUUUAGGCCACCUAACUACUCUGGAACAAUAGCUUUGGCUUUGCUGGUGUCUCUUGUUGGUGGUUUGCUUUACCUGAGAAGAAAUAAUUUGGAAUUCAUCUACAAUAAGACUGGCUGGGCUAUGGCAGCUCUUUGUGUAGUGUUUGCAAUGACAUCUGGACAAAUGUGGAAUCACAUACGUGGGCCCCCAUAUGCACAUAAAAAUCCACAAAAUGGUCAAGUGAGUUAUAUUCACGGGAGCAGCCAGGCUCAGUUUGUUGCAGAAUCUCACAUUAUCCUGUUGUUGAACGCUGCAAUCACCAUGGGAAUGGUCCUCCUCAAUGAAGCUGCAACCUCAAAAGGAGAUGUUGGAAAAAGAAGAAUUAUAUGUCUAGUGGGACUUGGCCUUGUGGUCUUCUUCUUCAGCUUCCUCUUGUCAAUUUUCCGCUCAAAGUACCAUGGUUAUCCAUACAGUUUUUUAAUUAAAUGAAAUAUUCCAGCAUUCCCAAGAUGUCACAGUUUGUGCUGAAGACAAAGUAUUCCGGCUGGAACACAUGGCAUAUAUAUUCAUUAUUCUCACUUCGCUUGCUGUUUGUUUACUUUAUUGUUUAGUGUUUUGGUGUAUUAAUUUGUGAGCGGAUUUUUAUUGUUAAUGAAAAUGUAAUUAGACUUUUCCAUACAGAAUACACUUAUAGUUGUAAUUCUACAUUUCUAGUGGCGAAAAUCACCAAAUUAAAUGUAGUAGGUUUUCAGCCUUUAUCUCUUAUUUUUAUUGUGGCAUAUCGCCUAUACAUAAUCCUCUUGAUAGGUCUGUCACAUGCCUGGAUUAUCGUCAUCACAGAAAAAAUCAUCUUCAUCUUUUUUUUUCACAAGCUAAAUAAAAAAUAAAGUAAAGAAACAAAUACUGUCAACACUUAAAGGGGAACUCCGGUACAAGACAUCUUAUCCCCUAUCCUGUGGGAAUUUCUGAUUGCAGGGAUCUGACCGCUGGGUCCUCCGCAAUCUCCAGCUCAGCUCUCCGGCGUUCUAAACAUUUAUGUUCGGAACUCCGACCGUACUAGGCUUCAGAGCCAUUGUGGCAACACGCCCCCUCCAUUUAUGUCCAUAGCGCUCGUGUAUCUCCGGAUGUCACAUAGAGAUAUAUGGAGGGCUGAGCAUCGCUGCGUUCAUGCGGAUUACCGGGGAGCCUGGCCGCCACACCCCCCACGAUCAGACACUUAUACCCUAUCUUGUGGAUAGGGGAUAAGAUGUCUAGUACCAGAGUUUAAGUAAUGUUUUCCCAUACUUUUAAACCUCACCAAUAGAGCUUAAAUAUACAGCAGGUCUUCGGAUGUUCAUGAAUAAGUAAGAUAAGAAACAUAUUCCAUUAACUGGAUUUUCCAGACGUUAACACUUAUCACCUAUCCAAAAGUGAUGGGUCCCAUACUGAUCAUUGUAAUUGGGGUUUUGAGACCCUUAUUUCUCCUCAUGACAUAAGUGCUUGGAGGAGAACUUUAAGUGCUUGGAAGAGAUAGUGAUCUAGCUUGCUUGGAACGGCUUUAUUCAAAGUCUGUGGUACAACUGAUAGUGAGCCAAAAACAGUCCUUAGCUGUUUCUAUCAGCCCAAUGAACAUUUAAAGAACCAACAGGGUGCAUGUUCAACUGCUGCUCCAUGCAACCUCCUCCCCUCUGCAGUUGUGCAUUAAUGGGUAUUGGAAGGCUGAAGACCCCCAUUCUAAAGAUCUUUGAUGGUACCAGUGAUGACGACCAACCUCCAUCAGACAUUUAUCUCCUAUCCCUUAAAAAAUGCAGAAGACUAGAAAAUGUUCAGGGUCUUCUUGAACUGUGUAGAAUGUUCUUUUCUAUGUUAAUGUUUCACAGCAAUGUUCAAUUUGCAUAUAAAUUCCAUAACACAAGGCCAUAAAACUCAUCAAUGUUUAUUACCUGUAUUUAUACCUUAUCGGUCUGUUACAUGUAUUCCUAAAAUGUCCAUGGGCACUUAUUUCUUUUGGUGUUACAUUAUUAUUUGUUUUUUUUGAAUGUUCAAUGUAUAAAUUAUAAGCAUAGUUAAAAGAGAAUUGCAGCCUAAUAUAAUAUAUCUCCUAUCCACAGGAUAAGGGAUAAGUGUCUGAUCACGAGGGAGUCCAAACGCUGGGACCCUACCGUGAUCAACUGCAUGGGGCCCCGACUCUGCUGCUUGCUCUCUCUGUGCAAGAGGCGCGUCAGCAGCAGCAUGACAUGGCAGCCGACAUGCUUUCUCCAUGUAUCUCCAUGGGAGAGGCGGAGAUGCAGCGUUUGUGCAUUCCCACCUCUUCCAUAGAGCUGAAUGGACGGGUCGUGUCUGUCAACCUCCUAGUGAGGUCGACAACACAAGCAUUAGCCGCGCAGGGCCACGACAGUGCCGGUCCUUGUAUGGGAGAUUGCAGGGGGGGGGGGGGGGGUCCCAGCAUUCAGACUACCCACACUUAUCCCUAUUCUGCGGAUAGGGGAUAUGUGUCUAUGGCUGCAGAACUCCUUUAAGGUCUCACGUUACCAGGUAAAUGAAUGGCUUCAUGGUGCAUAUUUCAUUAUUUAUUACAUUUGAUUAAUGAUAGACAUUUCUAUUGUUAUGUCAUGUUAGGUUUCUGUAUUAAAAGUACAUAUUGCA